AUGUCUCGUAUUCCCAUCAACCUCGAGAAACCAAUUCUCGAUUUCGAAUCUCGCCAGGUUCCGGUGUUCCAGGAAGUCAUUGAGAACUUCGAAGAGAAAUGUUGUGACGAGCAUCACCCACAACGUUUACAAGUUGCUCAAUCCGCUAGGAACUCUCUGAAACUUCUUCGAAUGAGCUGGGAAGCAAAAGUGACUACCGAGAGGGAUCAACUAUCCGUGUACGCUCAAGUAAUGGGAGUGACUGUUGGUGACGUUUUGGAGCAGAAAAACAACAUUGACUAUCAUCGAUUCUCACUCAUCCUGGCCCAAUGGUGCACCAAGUUGUCUCACAUCCAAAAAGAAUUUCAAUCCAUGCAUACCCAUGAAUCAUCGCAGCUGCUCACCCUCAAAAUGCCACCUGGAAGCCAUGAGGUCUCUCAGAAUCAUUUCCGAAUGCACUUUCGAAAGGCUAUAAUGGCCUACACGGUCCUCACGUCAUUUGACCGCAAUCUCCCAUCUUUGACCCCGGUCGUCCAGUUCUUUAUAGCUCAAAUUAUCAAUGAAAGCCGCACUUACCACGACCCAGCUGUGUACCAUAUGGUGUCACUCUUCAUCGAACACAUCAUUCGAGAAGCCAACAGUUUGAUGCUCCAGCGUUGA